CCGAACACUUCCUUCCGAAAUACUAAGAGUAACCGAUGUUCCGGUCGUAUUACUUUCUCUUUCAGUUACGGGAAUUGAAUUUGCCUGGUGGCCUGGCUGUUGAACGUACGGCCCAAAGACGCAAGGAGAUAUGCGCAAACCGCCGACUUCAAAGGCCGAAAGUUUUGAAGCGGUUUCUUGCGAAAUAGAAAGGGCAGCGGAAGUUCCAGUCGCAACACUUAUGAUGCCAGUGACCGGAGAUGGACCAUGCCGGUAGGCGGUCUUUGCAGUAUUACUGCGGUAUUGCGGUUCAGCCGGGUCUUCAAAAUGCUCCGGUUCAGAAAACAAGUGAUGGAAAGCAGGACCAGGUUGAGAAAGCUCGAAAACAGUGGGUGAGAUACAUGGCGAGCGACCUCCGAUGCGAUAAUUGUAGAAGGGUUCCAGCGUUAGUAAUUUGAUCCUGAAAGUUUCCACAUCGUAGUACCUGUUAAAACGGAGGAAUUGUCAUCAUCCAAAACAGAGGUGAACUUAAACGCGUGUGUGAAUUUCUGCCAUCUGAGCAAACACUUUGUUGCUAGCGACGCGGUUGGUAAACAAACCACAAGGCAAUCACGAGCACUAAUGUUCCAGCACAGUAAUCUGUUCUUCGCUACCAAGCCGUUUCACAGGAUAAAUGCAGCUGCUCACCUGUCGUCGAAGGUCGAAGAUCGCCGAAGAAAUCGCGCACUCCACAACAAUGUUCAAGUCAGAUUUCAAACUUUGCACUUUUGUCGAAUUAAUCACAACCAAUGCGACUUUUCACAAAACUAUAGAAGAAAAACUACAAAUCGCGAAAGCUGUCGCGCUACGAAUCGCGCUUGCUCCGAGUGUCGACAACUCCUUUUCACUUGUGUUAAGGUGUGUUUUCACGCUCCUCCAAGUCCAAGUCUAUGGACCAUUACCCAGGAAAGGGUUAUUCAGCUGGGGUGAUACCACGUUCCGUUACACAAAAUACAUGGGUGGUAUUCUCCGAAUAACGCUCGACUUCACGAUAGUGAACAAUGACUGGUAUCGCAUAAGCAGUCGGUAAAGCUAAACCACUGGUUUGGUUUUAACGACCAUUAAAAUUAUCUACUCGAAAUGGUAUCGCCAACGCUUUCCAUCCACCAGUCUUUAAAAUGUUAACGACCAUUAAGAUUACAGAUCGAGUAGUUAAACUAUCUGUCACAUUUGUUGUCAAAUCGCGCGUUUGUUUACAAACUGUAGCACAAGUUUGCAACUGCUAGUGGGAAAAGUUUGUUAUAAAUUCGUGUUAAACAUGUUAAAUUCCUUAUUUUUCAUGGGUGAUAGUGAUGAAGUGGAUACAAAUUUAGCAACACACCGUCGGCGAUUGCGGAAAGAGUUAGAUCCGUUGGAAUUAUCGGAUACAGCGUAAGUAAAAUCAUGUGUAACGGAGUAGUACGGGAUCAUAAGAAAUUUCCAGGUGAAAGUGUAGUUGAUAAGUGGCCACUAUAGAAAUGCGAUCAUCGAUUGUAUUGAACCAUCAAGAAGCAGCCGAAGCGAGAAGGAUGUUACGAGGUGCAAGCCCGGAAGACGAAGCGGGCAAUGGUUUACAGCAUCCGGACAAGAAGCUGAAUGUCAGCUGGUGUCAGCUCCAGUUGCAGGGUGAGCACAUGCUGAAUCUCGUUGAAGAACAUUCCGAUGGGUCGCUCCGUCAUCGGUGGUGUACCGGCAACUAGCCUAGCCCAUCAUGGACAAGCGGUCAAGAAAAAUGAGGGUUGCGUCUUGUGUGUAUUGUUUUUUUCUACUUCUUUUUGAUCAACAGCCGUUACUUGUUUUGAUUGCUCAUAUGGGCUUUAGUUUUAAUUCAUAAUUCUGUGUUACCAUGUUGCUUUCCAGGUUCAUUCAAAAUUUCCGGAUUCCUAAGCCGCUGUUUGAAGAAAUUCUCGGCAAAAUACCUCGUUUUAUUGCUCCUAAGCAUAACCGUGGCUUAUCAGCAAAAGAGAAAUUGGCUACAACUUUACGGUUUUUGGCCCAAGGAUCGUACCAACUGGGUGUCGGUAAUGAUUACACGAUGGCAAUUGGACAAUCAACGUUUUCGGAAACAUUAGAUCAAACAUUAGAAGUGCUAGAGCGUGAACUAUCAUACGUUAUCAACAUGGAUUUGAAUGAAGACGAGAAAUCGGAUGCUAGAAGAUACUUUUUUUCUAAAUUACCUGUACCCGGUGUAGUAAUGUGCAUUGACGGAACACAUAUCCGGAUUGUUGCGCCUCAAGAAAACGCUAUCCAAUUCUACAACAGGAAAGGGUUUUAUAGCCUUAACGCUUUAAUGGCAAGUAUUCAAAUUCGCAUCGGUUAAAAGUAUGUUUAAUGAUAAUAAAUUUAUCUUUUAGAUAUGUGACCACAGACAAAUGAUCCGGUUUGUGGACGCUAGGUUCAGUGGCUCCGAUCAUGAUUCAUACAUCUUUAAUUCCAGUCCGAUUUCUUCGUUUUUAGAAGAAAAGUGGAGAAGCGGAGAUCAGAUGUGCAAGAUCUUGGGUUUGUAUAACUUUCUUAUUAUUGCUUUCAUAUUUCUUAUGUGAUUAACCGUACUUUUCAUAAAAUUUUAGGGGCCUCUGCUUAUCCAUCAAAACCAUGGCUUAUAAAGCCGCACAGAAAUGCCGAGGCUAAUACUGCAGAAGCAAUAUUCAAUGAACAACAUGCCAAAGCGCGAGCAAUUGUGGAAAGAACAUUUGGCAUGCUCAAAGGACGAUUUCGCUGCAUUAACGGUGAAAGGCAGCUCCACUAUGCACCGAAGAAAUGCGUUCGGAUAGUAAAUGUUUGUUGCAUACUCCACAACCUUUUGAUAAUGCAUGGUAUUUCUAACGAGAAUUAGGUUAAAUAAUACUGUUUUACGAAAGCGUAGCCAUUCGUAUUCUCAAUUAAUAUAAACACGAAGCCGGUCGUAUUCGCUUGAUACACUUUUAAAGGGUUUAUUGCCAAUUGCUCUUUGGUACGCAAAAUCACAAAGAUUGAAUACAAUCAAUCGCACGCAGCUUAUAAUAAUCGCUCACGCAGGGAGCGGAGACAGAAUGUUACGCAUUCAAUUAUCUCCCACGCACGCUCGCACAUGACACAUCGAUGUCUGACGUGCGAAUACGAGGUCAUAGGAUCAAGUCCCAACAAGCAUUUCGAGCAGUUUUCGAGUGAAUUUUGAGAUCUCGCCCGAUUAGAUCUGGUACCAGCUGUCACCGGCGAUGUGACGACGGUGCAAAUGCAGGCAAUGAGUGAUUGUGUUGGGCAAAACACAAGUCGGGAUGAACUCGUCGUUUUUUUCAUCCUUCUUGUUUGUCGAUGUCAAGGAUCGCCAUUUUGAUUGUUUUGGUUUUUGCGACGCUUCCGCAUCGCAACAUUUCAAGUUGCGAUUUUAAUUAAGAAAAGUGUAGUUUGUUUAGUUAAUUUAAGUGAAAAAUGUUGUAGUGCUAUUAAUAUAUCUAGUGUGUACUGGAAUUUAUCUUUUGCAAAUGUGGUAGUGUUUGUUGUUUUGAUUGUUCAUGUGUCUACGCCAGGUGAGUAUUGCUGUUGGUUUUCCGUCAUUCAAAUAUUCCGAAUGUUUUAGCUUAAUGCAACGUGCGGCUGCUGAGUUUAUCAUUCCGGUGUCCUCUGACCGGAUACUACACGGUGCGGUAUCAAUGAUCCAAUCAAAGCCAAACCACGAUAGUCCCGGAGCGCUCCUUCAUUGCCGCCUCACCGAGAUGUAAGGUAACAUUGUGAUUAGAAUAUCAAAGGGUUCCAUCUAAAUGGUUAUGUGAUUGUUUUCUUUUUAGAAACAGCUACCAUCAGCGGCAAUAUCGACAUCGGAUGCAACUACCAGCACCGCAAUGGCAACGAAAUAUCGUGGUGAUUGUUCUUCCGGGAGGCUUCCGACGAGUCGAUCAUUAUACCGGCAUUAGUAAUGCCGGCUUAAUGUAUUUUAAUACCAGAGAAUGAUUUUGACUUGACCUGUGAUAAUUUGGCGUGCAAGAUUUAUCUUCUGCUUCCGAGAUACAAGAAUUCGAACCGGCUACUUUGACUAGGACGAGUGAAGAUAGAGAUUCUGUGAAAGAUGAUGUGCAUUCUUGGGUAACCAUUGAUGAUACGGAUGAAAGCGGAAGUGAUGUGGAACGUGAUUUAGAAUAUUCUUCUAAGUGGGAAGGAAUAGAAAUUCUUGAAUGCAUCAGAAGAUGGGCUUUAACUACACAUCAAACCCACCACGCGCUGAAUGGAUUGCUGGAGAUAUUACGCGAAAAAACAGAGUUUAGUUUUCCGAAGGAUGCUCGCACUUUGCUACAAACACCGAAAGGUGGUCAACAAAUAGUUCCCAUUGCGGGAGGCGAGUUUUGGUACCAAGGUAUUAAAACAUGUCUGUUGAACUAUUUUGGAUGUUUUCAACCUACAUCGACAACCUUCUCGCUGAACAUAUCAAUUGAUGGUCUUCCUCUACACAAAAGCAGCCGGACAGAAUUUUGGCCAAUGCUCAUUAAUAUACACGAAGAACCGGAAAUACCCUGCAUGGUUGUUGGAAUUUUUAGCGGAUCAUCCAAGCCACGUUCUAAAGAAGCUUUUUUACGUCCGUUGGUCACAGAGCUGACUAAUCUAACUGAACAUGGAAUAAUAAUUGCUGGAAAACUGAUACAAAUUCGUGUGCGUGCCUUCAUUGCCGACUCUCCAGCACGUGCUUUUAUCAAAGGUAACAAAAAUAAUAAAAUAUUGUAUGAAUAUAUCUUUCUAGCUGCACUUCUAAUAACACUGAUUGUUUUCUCUUUCAGGCACAGCAAGUUAUAAUGCAAAAGCAGGUUGUCUGAAAUGUACAGUGAGGGGGCAGUCCCAUGAAAUGGUCCGAGUAGUGUAUUUUCCUUACGGCGAUGCUGCUCCUCGGACAGAUGAAAACUUCAGAAAUUUUCUGUAUGGCGAUCAUCAAAUCGAACGGACACCUGUAUAUGAUCUACCGCAAUUUGAUCUGAUCAAACAAGUGCCUGUCUCUGAUCAACUGCACCUGAGCGAUUUAGGAGUAACACGUAAGCUACUUAUGAUUUGGAUAUUUGGCAAACAUAGAACAAACUGCACCAAAUGGAGUAAUCAAGAAUGCGUCGCAAUAUCCAGCAUUAUUAAAAAGAUGAAACUUCCAUCUGAAGUGCAUCGAAAGUUGCGUGGUUUAGACCAUUUAACUCGCUGGAAAGGUAGUGAAUUUGCUAACUUUUUGCGAUAUGCUAGUCCCGUAGUUUUAAAACAGUUUAUUUUACCCACGGAAUAUAACCAUUUUAUGUUAUAUUACUGUGCAAUUACCCUAUUUUCCUCUAACUCUUAUAGAGAGUAUUGGCAGCAAGCUGGCAAUAUGCUUAAGCAAUUUGUUAGUGAGUUUGCUUCAAUUUACGGCGAAGUGUAUAUGUCGAGCAAUAUUCACAACUUGCUACACAUGUAUGAAGAAGUCUGCCACUUUGGUCCACUUAAUACCUUUUCCUCAUACCCGUUUGAAAAUAAGUUACAAUCUAUAAAAAAGCUAUCUCGACAUGGUUAUAAAAAUUUACAGCAAACCGUUAAUAGAUUAUUAGAAUUAAAGCAUUUAGAUGCAGCUUCUCAUACAGUCGAAUCUACAUUCCCUAAUAUUAAAACUAUAGGGAAUGACAUAAUUUUAAAUAUUAAUUCGGAAUUUGUCUUGCGGGCCAACGAUAAAGACGCAUGGUUUCUCACCAAAGAUGAUUUCAUCGUGAAAUACAUUAGUUGUAAAGAAGCGUUCAGCACGAUCAACAUUUAUGGUCAACAUAUUUGCGAAAUAACGGAAUCCUACACUUUUCACUCUUCACCAUGGAUGAAAAACAUUUAUGAGGCUUACAUCUACGAUAUUUCACCCACAGUUUCAAUGUAUAGUAUCGAGGACAUAAAAUGUAAACUCGUUAAAAUAGAUACGAAUUUUCCUAGUCUUAUGUUAUACAUUCCCCUGAUACACACGUUAAGAUAAUACAUGUUAAUAGUUUAAUUUAUUCAAUUAAUCGUUGAUUGUGGUUUAAUAUUUGUUGUUAUGGAGAAAUCAGUUAUUAACAAUUACAUGAAAGAAUGAUAUAUAACUUAUUAUUGUUUUCAAACUAUUCAUGUUUGCAGUUUCUAUGUUUACGUCAUUAGGUUUGUUUAUUUUGUUUCGCCGACCUAAUUGUUUUUUCUGUUUCACCAGGUGCAAUAUUCUACAGUUCUGCUCCGGAUUGGAGGGGUGCAACUAUAGGUAAUCUUUUUGGCACUGUUUAUACUCAUUCAUAAAUCCAUUCAUUUAAACUUGAAAGAUGCUACUGUUGGACGAGAAUACUUUGUCCUACCCAUAUGCACCAAUUCAGGUAAACCAGCACCAGAUCGAGAACACAGGUAGUUUUGAGAAAAGCUCCUCUCGAUUGUUUCGUAGGAAACAGGCUUAUGAAUCGCUCGUAAGUGCUCUAGUUGAACUGAAUAAGUUGUAUCUUAUUAUUUUAAAACUUAUGUACAUUAGGAAAAUUUACAGAAUACUUGAAAUAUGUAUUAAAUAUGUGUUAAAUUUAUUUCUAUAGUGACGGUCAGACCGUAUGUCUUAGUUAUUGCUAGGAAAUUAUAAUCUAAAAUUAAAACUAUUUCUUAUGACGAUCGUGACAAGUUGAUUUUCUUAUACCUAACAGAUUAACUCUACCUUGCGCAUGUUUUAAUUUAUUAAUAAAAAAAGCUUCAACAAAUGCGCUAUCUAUUUCUACACCAAACCUAUUACGCGCAAUGUUUUUAAACAAAUUUAAAAUAUUUUUAUAAUUUCUAAAUGGAAUUUUUGAGCCUAACUUUCCUUGACCAGUCCAGCUACACAACGCUAGAAAGUUAGGCUCAAAAAUUAUAUCUAAUGCCUCGUGCAUUCUGUUUUUUGCAUCCUGAUGGGUUAAUACUGCACUAAUUCCAGAUAUUACAGUCUUAAAAUAGUUGCUAUCAUUUAAAAUUUCCUCCAUACGGUUAAAGUCCUCUACAUUUACUAUUCUAUUAAAAUUAAAUUCCUCUAUUGGUCUAUCAUUAUCAUCUAUUGGUACUAACACAUUCAUAAUUUUGUCCAGUAUAACCUGCAUUUGGGAUGUUUUACGAUUCAUUGCUGCCAUUUCUUUUAAUAUCAGUUUUUCUCCUUCCGUUAGGGUAAGUGAUUGAAUCGGCUGUAUCAAACUGUCGGCUGAAUCAUGUGAUGGCAUCGCUGUUCCUGGCUGAUCAGCCACGUUAUGGUCUAUCUUAACCGAUUUUCGAAGCGGUGAUCUUAUACUACUGUCGUCAGAUUGUAUUAAAACAUUCGCGGAAAGGUCACUUGAUACUUUUCGUUGCUGCACUGGAAUCCUACUCACGGCAGUACAGGAUUUAACCGCCAUGGAUGUAGAUGGCUUAGACCCGGCUUCGCUUGUGGAUGGCUUAGACAAAACAGCUUUCAUCGACAUGCUUUUCGACACCGGAAUAUUGCUGCCAGGAACCAGUUGAAGAUUUUUCAACAUCUUGGAUUUUGUCACCGGAAUACUGCUGAUUGUUACAUUUGGUGAUACAUUGCUGUAUUGCUGGUAUGUAGAAAAUUUUAAUAACAGUUAGAAUUUUUCCAUUUUUUAUAGCGUGUAACGUGUUUAGUUACAUUUAACAUUUCAAUUUAUCUACCUUAUAUUGCAGUAUUCGCGUUGCAUUUACAUCAGAUGACGUUGAAGCAAGAGAUGUAGAAGUAGAAUCGCUUAAUGGAGCGUUCUUUUGCUUCUCCUGCUGGUUUUUAAUCUCUGGCCAAGACAUGAUACACCUUGAAACAAAGUAUAUUUUGAUUUAAAAACACCAUCAACCGUAAAUAUAUCUUAUACACAUCUACUUACUGGCAAAAUAUUGAAAAUAUUCCACUUUAACAAUACUUUUAGUCACGAUCGCUUAUAAUUGCUACGCACAGAGAACACUGGGGUAAAAAACACGUGGCAGAAAACACUCGGGCAAAAAUAGUUUUGAACCAAGAAUCACCGCAGCAGGUAAACAACCAUAGCUGCCCAAAUAAUCGAUCCCGGAACAAUAUUCGUUUUGUUUUCUCUCAUUUACGGAUUUUUUUCAAUUUUGUGUCAAACAUACUUGAAGUUAUUUAAAUGAAGAUAAUUAAAUUCAUUAUUUCUUUAUUUUUCUUUUAGACCUGGCUUCUCUUGUACAUGGGCGUAUAGCCAUACUCAAAGGAUUAACCGGCAAUAGCGAGCACCUUACGAAUAUGAAAGCCACUCCUGUAAGCUUUGCUAGAGCAAUCGACCUAUCGAUUCGAUAACUUGGGUACGUUAUUUCCGGUAAUUUGCCAACGGAAACAACACUAAUGCAAGAUUAGAAACUUUAAGGACUUUAUCCCGAGACUUGCUGUUAUCAUUAUCCAGAGAGAAUGUUUAUAAUUAUCUCCGU